GCCAACUUGAAGGAUGGCGGGAAAAUGCGGCUAGAUAAAUUGUUCACUGUUGACAGUCUUGAUGGUUUCUUUGAUGAUCCAUCUGGACCAUCAUGGCCCCUUCAAAUGCUUCAAGUUGCCAACAAGCUACAUACCACAUUUAGCACAUGUCGCCCCCCAUUUAGCUUUGGUCCGUUUGCAUCCUCUGCGCGUACGCAAAGGGGUGUCUUUUUCAGCUUGCAGCAAGGCAUGGUAAACGACCGCCUGCGCCUAUUAGCUCAGCUGUGGCAGGAAUAAGCUGCAGAACCUCUGAGCUGACUUUUUGCAAGUUGAGCUCCUUGUACCACCACCCGGGUCCACCCCACGUCAUUCUGUUGGCACUGAGACCCAAGUCAAGAUUUCUCAGCUUGCUGAUUCUAAUUUGGUGCACUUCAGGGCAUGCACACGCUUCUGCUAACGUCCAACUGCACUGCCAGGUGCUUCAGAGGAGCGGCAGCUUCGAUGGCGCAGAAGGGAAUCACGUCGUUCUUCCAGGCCCCAAGCAAAUCUUGCGCCGCAGGGAUUGUCCGGACUGCUGCGCUCAGCUCUCCAGAAGCCAAGCUACUGGGGAGCACGACCCCUGAAGUGAGACUGCUGAAGAACUCUGCAGCUCUUAACGUGGCGAGCACAAACCCCCAGAAUGUACUCACUGGAGGGGACGCACCAGCUGGAAUCUCUUGUGGUGUUGAGAAUCAGAGCACCACCUUUGUGAAGCACAGACUGCCAGCCUUGGACUUGGCUCCUUCGCUGGCAAAGCGUGCCAGGACUGAUGCAAACCCCAUCAGAGCUCAGACCUCAGCGGAGGGGCCUGCAAGCGGCGGGCAGCUGGAGAAGUGGGAGGAGAUUAACGCAGAGGCGACGACGAGCGGGCGGCCGCCCCUCUCGCCAAAGUUCAAAAAGAAGGCUAGAGCUUUCGAAGGAACGCCAGCGAUUCAGUCAGAGGAAGCGCAGGCUGAGGAGCAAAUUGGCAAGGAGGGGCCCAGAGGGGAUGCGCCUCUCUCAGAGGAGCAGAGACUGAGGAUUGAGGUGAACAAGGCGUCUGCUUUAGCGAAGCUGGCGCAAAGGAAGGCGGAGGACGUUGUGGCUGCUGCACAUGCAAGGGGCGAAGCGCUCCCCCGACUCGCUGACCUAUUCUUAGACUCAUCCUGGUUGGCGGCCCUCCCUGGAGAAUUAGAGAAGGCGUAUUUUGCGAACUUGGAGAAGUUUGUGAGUCAAGAAGUUUCAGGGAAGGUGCCAGUGUUUCCCCCCCAAGCCAGCAUCUUCCGGGCAUUUAACACCUGUCCAUUUGAUAGGGUGAAGGUGGUGAUUCUGGGACAGGACCCAUACCAUGGCCCCGGCCAAGCAAUGGGCCUCUCGUUCUCGGUCCCAGCGGGGGUCCGCAUCCCGUCCAGCCUGCAGAACAUCUUCAAGGAGCUGCAGGACGAUCUUGGGUGUACGAUACCGCAGAGCGGCGAUCUCCAAAAGUGGGCGUCACAGGGCGUGCUGUUGCUGAAUACAGUCUUGACGGUGCGGCAAGGGCAGGCCAACUCGCACGCCAAGCGCGGGUGGGAGCUGUUCACCGACGCUGCGAUCAGGGCGCUCUCCAAGCAGCGAAAGGGCGUCGUGUUUCUGCUCUGGGGCCGACCCGCACAGGAAAAGCUCAGACUGAUCGACGCUACGUCGCACCACGUCCUGAAGUGCGCGCAUCCAUCGGGACUGUCUGCACAUCGGGGCUUCUUUGGCUGCAAGCACUUUUCUCAAACGAACAAGAUUCUGCAUGACGCGGGCCAGCUUCCCAUCGAUUGGCAACUCUGAAGUAGGGAUACACUAUUCGAGGAAGGAAUCUGUUGAGGUUGAAUCGUUGUUGCACAAGCAGAGCUUGGGCAUCCGCGAGUCUCUCACGCUCUGCACGACCGCUUGCUGUUUCGCUCAACAAAUCCCAAUGUUCCUUAAACGCACGCUUCUGUUCUACCUAGAUUGGCUAGAGGAGCGGUUUCUGACGAUCAGCGGCUUGAACAUAAUGGCAAGCGUAGGAUAAUUUGCAAUUGAUCAAAACAUCCCUGUGAGACUGAUCCUUGGCAUCGCUUUGCGCUUUCCACUGCAUCAUACUCGUUGGCGGCUGAAGGCAAACCAGCUUCUUACGUGAACGGGA